ACAGAUAACCUUAAGCUCUUUUUUACUUAACAUAUCGUAUAGUAGUUUGGAUAGUAAUACUUGAUAAAGCUUCUAAUUGUAUACUCGGUACCCGUUUUGAUUUGAUACAGGAAAGGGAAAUGUCAUCUCAAGUUAAGCUUUGGGUCUUCUUCUUCAUGCGUUAUCUUUAGACAGCAUGACUCGGUGACAUCCCGCCCGAGAUUCCCGAGUGCGAUCGUCAGUUUGUCACAAUCUCUACAUGAACUUUAAUCGGAUAGGGUGUUGGAAAUGACAUCGGCGGCGCGCUGGCACUUGUGGUCGGAUAUUACUCUGUUUAUAACGGUUCGUAGACCCGAGUGUUGAAAGCUUGACACAGCUUGGCAGCUUGGCGAAUCGAAUUUUGAAUAUCAAACCGCUGACAAGCAACAUGAUUCGAAGAGAGCUAUUAGAACCGGUCACGGAAUUUCAACUGGCAUUGGAAAACGUAUCUUUGGGGGACGUAGUCCAGUCACCAGAUGCUCUACAAAGCUUCCGGAAAUUUUUGCGACGUGGAACCAUCCUGCAGCGACGGCAACUUUUUAUGGAAGCGCACAAGCUCUCUACUCAAGCGUCGUCAUCACAUGAAUUUCAUCUCGUUUGUUCACCUUCCCUAGGAUUUGACGACAGUAUCACCUACACAUCUGAUGUCACAUCCGAAAUUUGCCAAAAGCGGCGUCUGGACGGUCUGUUGCAGCAAUCCAGUCCUCGAAAUGGCUCUGCUCGCAAGCGAAGAGCUCCACCCUCAAAGGUGGCCUUUGGUUUAUCAAAUGUCACUGCAAACUCUCCCUCUUCUACGGUGAUCUCUUCAACUACGUUUCAUCCUCGGGAAUCUAACAAAAGCCCAGAGGAUGGGCAUCGUGAAAUCCCUGUCGAUAAAGAUGGAGGAGUUUAUGGUUUGACGCUGGAGCAUGUACAGUCGCCGCGGACUACAUCUUCCGCCCUAUCCAGCAAUCCCGCUAUUCCCAAUAUCCUUGUCAGGGCAAAGCAAUUCUUUGAGGCGCGGCUUACUACCCGUGCAAACCGCGCUAAAUAUCUUGUUCGCGCCGUCCAGGGUUUCCUUGAAGCUCCUCAGCUCCCGUGCGAUUUUGCAAAGGAGAUGUGGAAUAAGAAGUCGGCCAUCUUUUCUAAACCACAAGUGACAGGGUCCACAGCUCGCUUUCGAAGUCUCUAUGAGGGCCAUCGAAAGAUUAAAAGAGGCGGAGAGGAGUACCUCGCUGCAACUCGCUUCUGUUAUAUCUACUUGGAACACGAUUUGGAGCAGAUAAUACAAUCGCAAAAACUUGUUUUGUCUCAAGGUAGAGGUAAAGUGACGGCUGCCUUUCAACUACAGGCGAAGAAUAUCUCCAUAACUAUGGACGCUCUUCGAGCUGAACGUAAGGCUGGUCGAGGAUAUAUACGACUUUUAAUGGAAGGCGGACCGGGUUUUGUACUUCGCAUGGGUAGCAAUGUAUCCACCAUAUGGGAAAGAAAGCUUAGUGUCAGCGAUAUUACUCUUAUCAUAGAAUUCAUCAAGACCUAUGCCGGCGAUUUAUAUGACAACAUUAAAUUAUACGAUCAGGCUGCUGUGCAAGCACUUCUUAAUGGCUUUAUCGCAUAUGGUUGGACUAGCACAGAGAUUCGUGAAACGCAAAGUUCUCUGUUUGACGAAAUACAACGCUAUGCCAAUUUAAACGACCAAUGUCCUGAAGAAACACUCGAAGAGCGUCCCAACAUAAUUUCUCUCGCAACACCAAUAUCGGAAAUCUGGGACGGUGCAAUGAGGCAGACCGAAUCCGCAUCUUUGCUUUCAGACCUAGAUCUGCUUCUUGAAGAGAGAAAUCAGAUGGUUUCAGUACCAACGAGCUCCGAGCAAGAUUCAGAAUCAGUCGUUGGCAACGAGGACUUCGGCUAUAUCGGAACAACUGCACUGGAGCUUGACCAGCCUUUAUUUGAAGAGGAUUUGGACAUAACGUUUGAUACAAUAGAUACUUCCGGCUCCGGAAUUCAAGAUGAUCUCACUCUCUUCCACGAGCUCUUCUCGGAGCCCACUACCUAUGAAACAUCCGUUCAUUCUCUAAACAGUGGGUGUUUAUAUACGUCACCUGAGAUUUAG